AUGGCGCGCCGCUACGACUCGCGAACGACCACAUUCUCACCUGAGGGACGCUUAUAUCAGGUCGAGUAUGCCAUGGAAGCCAUCAACUUGGCUGGUUCAACCGUUGGUGUUCUUGCGGAGGACGGUGUGGUCCUCGCAGGUGAGAAGAAGACAACCUCAAAGCUUUUAGACCAAGCAAAGCAGCACGAGAAGCUCUUCCAGCUGGACGACGCCAUGUUCUGUGCAGUGGCCGGAAUGACCUCUGAUGCGAACAUCCUCAUCAACCGGCUGCGUCUCAGUGCGCAGCAGCAUGCCUACUCUUUCAGCGAACCGAUGCCCGUCGAGCAGCUGGUUACAUCUAUCUGUGACUACAAGCAGGGCUACACCCAGUUCGGUGGACUCCGGCCAUUCGGAGUGUCCUUCCUGGUAGCUGGCUAUGAUGUCCACUACGGCUUCCAGCUGUAUCACACCGACCCGUCGGGCAACUUCAGUGGUUGGAAGGGCUACGCCAUAGGUGUGAACAACAACACCGCCAUGCAGAUCAUGCGACAGGACUGGAAACCAGGCAUGAAGAUCCAGGAGGCAUUGGAGCUCACGGCAAAGGUUUUAGUCAAGACGAUGGACACAGCUUCACCAACAGCCGAGAGACUCGAAUUCGGAAUAGUGUACAAGACGCCAGAAGGUCAAGUCAAGUUCCGCAUGCUGGAGGACAACGAGAUCAACAAGCUCAUGGCUGAUGCCACGCCAAAGGAAGGCGAGGAGGGUGCGGCCCCAUCCUCCUGA